AUGGCCACGGGUAUCCUUAAAGUUAAAGGUAAUUCGGUCGUUGACCAGAAUGGACAAAGUGUUGUUCUGAGAGGAGCGGCGCUUGGAGGAUGGAUGAAUAUGGAGAAUUUCAUCACCGGUUUCCCUGGACAUGAAUCUCAGCACCGAGCUGCAAUGCGCAAAGUCCUUGGACAAGAAAAAUACGAAUUCUUCUUCGAUAAAUGGCUGGAGUACUUCUUUACUGAGAAAGAUGCGAAGUUCUUCGCUGAAGUCGGAUUGAAUUGUCUUCGACUGCCAUUCAACUAUCGCCAUUUUGAAGAUGAUAUGAACCCACGGGUAUUGAAGGAGUCGGGAUUCAAACACCUGGAUCGAGUCGUUGAUUUGUGUGCCUCCCAUGGCAUAUACACCAUCUUGGAUAUGCAUGCUGUUCCUGGUGGUCAGAAUCCAGACUGGCACUCUGAUAACCCUUCUAGCUAUGCAGCUUUCUGGGACUACCGCGAUCACCAAGACCGUACCGUGUGGCUGUGGGAGCAGAUUGUAUCUCGGUAUAAGGAGAAUCCCUGGGUUGCUGGAUACAAUCCUCUCAACGAGCCAUGCGACCCAGAGCAUGUCCGACUCCCAGCCUUCUAUACCCGAAUUGAGAAGGCUAUCCGUGCCAUUGACCCGAAUCACAUACUAUGGUUGGAUGGAAACACCUUUGCUAUGGAAUGGAAGGGAUUCGAUAGAGUCUUGCCGAACUCCGUUUAUGCUAUGCAUGAUUACUCCUCUAUGGGAUUCCCCACUGGUGAUCAGUACAAGGGAACACCAGAACAGAAAGAACAUCUGGAGCGAUCCUAUCUUCGCAAAGCACAAUUUAUGAGCGAGAAUGGCACUCCAGUUUGGAACGGAGAAUUCGGACCCGUAUACGCCAACCCUGACACAGAGGUAGACGCAGCAACCGUGAACCAAGCACGAUACAACCUCCUAGGCGAGCAGCUCCGGAUCUACGACAAGUAUUCCAUCCAUUGGUCCAUCUGGCUGUACAAAGAUAUCGGACUACAGGGUAUGAUCUAUACAGACCCACAAGGCAAAUGGAAUCGAACCAUCAAGCCUUUCUUGGAUAAGAAGCGAGCCUUCUGGAUCGAUAAAUGGGGUCAUAAUCCCAACCCGGAGGCUGAAGCCGCUCUGAAACCACUGAAUGAUUUGAUUGACCGAAUUAGUCCAUCUGCCACAUCAACCUAUCCCACAUCCUGGAACACGGACAUGCAUAUCGAGCGAAAUGUGUUCUGGACCUUUUUGGCAGCCUCCUUCUCUAAUGAAUUUGCAUCUUUGUUUGAGGGAAUGGAGGAAAAUGAACUUGAGGAAUUGGCGAGAAGCUUUCACUUUGAUGAGUGUCUACAGCGGGAUGGAUUAAACCACAUUUUGAAGGAACAUGCACGAGUUUCGAAGUGA